CCUCAUUGCAAAGAAGAAAAACAUCACGUGUUAAUUUGUGUUGUAUCUUUUCAUUCCACUAAAACAAAAACACAACAACAAUAGUUAAAAUCAUAAAAAAUAAAUAAAAUCUUUGUAAUUUGAAUGGCAAACCGUGUGGUUCCUCCAAAAAGAAUCCUCAACAACUUCCACUACAACACCACCACAAAGCCUCUUAACUCACCUCACCCCUCCGUAGUAGUUCCGCCUUCAAUUCUCGAGAAACAACUAUCUCCGGCCACCACAACACCACACUCAAUUGACUUAAAGUCUUCCGAGAAACUAUUCUCUUCGGUUUCCAACUCUACCCUCCUUCACUCCUCUGCAGUUCUCCAUGCGACCGCAAUGGGUCCCAUGGUGGACCUUGGAGUGUGGACAAUGAAGUCAAAACUCUUUCAAACGGGAGUUUUGAAGGAUGCCAUGAUGGCCGUGACUCGAAAGACAUUCUACAAACAUUUUUGCGCCGGCGAAGAUGCCGUGGCUGCCUGCCGGAGGAUCCGGUCGAUAAACGAAGCCGGAUUACGUGGCAUACUUGGUUAUGGUGUGGAAGAAGCACAUGAUAACGAUUGUUGUGACCGUAACCUUAAUAACUUCCUUCAUACCGUUGAUGUUAGCAUAUCACUUCCUCCAUCUUCGGUGAGUUUUGUAAUAGUGAAAAUAACAGCAAUAUGUCCAAUGGCAUUACUAGAGAGAAUAAGUGAUCUUCUAAGAUGGCAAGAAAAAGAGCCUUCAUUGAAAUUAGCAUGGAAACAAGAUUGUCUUCCAAUAUUCUCAGAGUCAAGUCCAUUGUAUCACACUCAGAAAAGACCUGAACCAUUAACAUCAGAAGAAGAGAAUGAUCUUGAACUAGCAAAUGAAAGAUUACAAAAACUUUGUGAAAAAUGUGUUGAAAGUAAUAUGCCUUUGUUGGUUGAUGCAGAACACACAAGUGUUCAACCAGCUAUUGAUUACUUCACAUAUUCUUCAGCUAUUAUUCAUAACAAAGAUGAUAAUCCAAUUGUGUUUGGAACAAUUCAAACUUACUUGAAAGAUGCUAAGGAGAGAUUGCUUCUUGCAACUAAAGCUGCUGACAAUAUUGGAAUUCCAAUGGGAUUUAAAUUGGUUAGAGGUGCUUAUAUGUCCACUGAAAAUACUUUGGCUCACUCUUUUGGAUAUCCUUCCCCAAUUCAUGCUACCAUUCAAGACACACACAAUUGCUUCAAUGAUUGUUCUUCUUUUUUGCUUCAAAAGAUUGCCAAUGGACCUGGUUCUCUUGUUCUUGCUACUCAUAAUAUUCAAUCAGGAAAAUUGGCUGCUGCAAAAGCAUAUGAAAUAGGGAUUAGAAAAGUGAAUCACAAGCUUGAAUUUGCACAAUUAUGUGGAAUGGCAGAUGCACUUUCAUUUGGUUUAAGCAAUGCUGGAUUUAGAGUAAGCAAGUAUAUGCCAUUUGGACCAGUUGAGAUGGUUAUGCCUUACUUGUUAAGAAGGGCUGAAGAAAACAGAGGACUUUUGGCUGCUUCUGGAUUUGAUAGGCAACUCAUAAGAAAGGAGCUUGGAAGGAGACUAAAAGCUGCAAUAUUUUAAGAGCUAUAUAAUAUUUUUCAUAAAACUAAUACUAAUAAUAAUAAUUAUGUCUUGUUUGUAUAGGCAAGCAACAUGAUUUUUUAAUUUUUGUAUAAAAUAGAGAAUUCUGUAAUAGGGUGGAAUUUGAAUUUCAGUGAAAUGAAUUUUGCAUCAUUAUAAUUAUUAUUA